AAAGAUUGCAGAACAAGUAAACGGCUCCGCUAUCUCUCUCGCUGUAAGUGUUUUUCCGGCGAUUCCUAUUGGUGUUUUAGAAAAUUUACAUUUGAGGAUGAGUUAGCACCUAUCCGAGGCUUUCAAGUGAUUCAAACAACUAUUAAUGGAAGCUGGUCGGUUGGAAGACUGUGCUGGAAACAAAAAUGGGCUUCUCUUGCCUUACACCACUACACCUCAAGCCUUUGGAAUACUUAUCUAUAAGUCGGGCAUGGAUAUGAAUUGGACUUGCUAUGACAAAAUUUGUGGGUUAGAAGAAAACAAUUUCAUAAGUGAACUUCAGCACUUGACAAAUAGUCUGCCCAAUUCUGUUGAGGUACAAUGCAUCGACGAGACACAUUCUGCCUUGGGGAACUGCAUAGCAUGCAAUGAUCAUAUUGCUCUUAUACAUCCUUCUCUUGACAAGGACACUGAAGAGAUGAUUGCUGAUGUUCUUGGUGUUGAAGUUUUAAGGCAUACGAUAGCUGGGAACGUUCUUGUUGGCAGCUAUUGUUCUUUAUCCAACAAAGGGGUCUUGGUCCAUCCUCGUACGUCCAUUGAAGAUUUAAAUGAACUGGACAUUCUUCUUCAUUUACCUAUUGCUGCUGGGACUGUGAAUAGGGGUAGUAAUGUGAUUGCUGCUGGAUUGACCGUUAAUGACUGGACAGCAUUUUGUGGAUCAGACACUACAACAACAGAGUUGGCUGUUAUUGACACUGUAUUCGGUUUGAGAGAUGCUCAACCAAGUGCUAUUGAUACAGGUGUUCACGGUCAUUAACAGGUGCUUUGUUGUUAUCAUUUGCAUUCUAGUUAACUCCGAUACAGGUGUUCACGGUCAUUAACAGGUGCUUCGUUGUUAUCAUUUGCAUUCUAGUUAACUCCGGUAAGUCUCCUUACUUUCUGGAGGGUUCCAUAUUUACAUUUCACUUUUAUCAAAAUGUCGUGAAUCUUCUUCUAGCAUCUACCGUAGUAUCUAGAGGCCUCAUAGUCAGUAGUAGUUAGAAGAGUCUUCCACUAAAACAGAAAUUCUAGAGUGGAUGAUGUUAUUACCUUAAGGUGUAGGUGGUGUCCCUUUUUGUUUCCUGCAGAAAAUUAGAUAGUUGGAAACAUAGUUCUCA